AGCUCUAUGCUAAGGGUUCAUACGGAUUUUUCCUUCAAACAUUUUGAGUCCUAUUUUUACUUUCUUUUACAUGGUUGUGUAGCGCUUGUUUGUGGCUACAUUUUGUAUGUUUCAAAAUCACACAAUAUGCCGUUUAUGCGAAAUGAGAUUAAUUUUCAUUUUUCUCUAUGCUAAGCUCUAUGCUAACCUCUAUGCUAAGCUCUAUGCUAACCUCUAUGCUAA